CCUCGCUAAAGUUCAACCUUUUUGUCACACUUGCUAUCUCCUACUCCCACCUACCCUCCGUCUCCGAAGAAGCAGCGAUGGCAGCGCCCGUGACGGUCUACGGGCCGGCGAUCUCGCCGGCGGUGGCGCGCGUGGCGGCGUGCCUGCUGGAGAAGGACGUGCCGUUCCAGCUGGAGGCGGUGGACAUGUCCAAGGGCGAGCACAAGUCCCCCUCCUUCCUCAAGCUCCAGCCCUUCGGCCAGGUCCCCGCCUUCAAAGACCACCUCACCACCGUCUUCGAGUCAAGGGCCAUUUGCCGUUACAUCUGUGACCAGUACUCGGACCGUGGCAACCGGACUCUCCUAGGCCGGCAAGAAGACGGCGCGGUAGGCCGUGCCGCCAUCGAGCAAUGGAUAGAGUCCGAAGGCCAGGCAUUUAACCCGCCGAGCUUGGCCAUUGCAUUCCAGCUCACCUUCGCGCCGCUCAUGGGCAUGGCCACCGACAUGGCCGUGGUCGAGCAGAAUGAGGCGAAGCUCGCCAAGGUGCUUGACGUGUACGAGGGGCGGCUGGCGGAGAGCCAGUAUUUCGCCGGCGACGAGUUCACCCUUGCCGACCUUGUGCACAUGCCCAACACUGAUCUCCUCGUGAGCAAGACCGGCAAGGCGGGUCUGAUCACCGAGAGAAAGAAUCUUUCCAGAUGGUGGGAUGAGGUCUCGGCUCGUCCGUCAUGGAAGAAGGUUGUCGAGUUGCAGAGUGCACCAAGGCCCCCUAGAUCCUGAUGCACCCUUCUUUUUUAUCUGUCCAGCUUCUGGUGGCAAUUAGUUACAUUCUGUUAUGUGUUGCCAUCACUGUUAAAGUGUGAAAUUUGAAAGACUCGGGCCGCUUUGUACUA